AUGGCCGCCGCAGCUGCUGUCUACCCUCCGCUUGACCAGCGUCCGGUCAAGAACACUGUUCUUCUCUUCGAUGUCGACGACACACUCACAAAGCCGCGCCAGCUCGUCACCCCGCAGAUGCUGCAAUUGCUCUCAGAACUCCGUCACAAGUGCGCCAUCGGCUUCGUGGGCGGUUCCAACCUCGUCAAACAGCAAGAACAACUUGGAGGACCCGUGGAUGUCACCUCGCUGUUUGACUUUUGCUUCGCCGAGAACGGUCUCACGGCCAUCCGUAUGGGCGAGGUUCUGGCUAGCCAGAGCUUCAUCGGCUGGAUUGGUGAAGACAGAUACAAGGCCCUUGCCAAGUGGAUCCUCCACUACAUCGCCGACCUCGACAUCCCCAUCAAGCGCGGUACCUUUAUCGAAUUCCGCAACGGCAUGAUCAACGUCUCUCCUAUCGGCCGUAACGCAUCCACUGAAGAGCGCAACGAAUACCAAAAGUACGAUCUCCAACAUAAGGUCAGGGAAACCAUGGUUGCGAAGCUCAAGGAAGCGUUCCCUGACUACGGCCUUACAUACUCCAUUGGUGGUCAGAUUUCCUUCGACGUCUUCCCGACUGGCUGGGACAAGACCUACUGCCUACGCCACAUUGAGGCAGAGAAGGGUCUCUCUGGUGUUGUCUACGACAAGAUCCACUUCUUUGGUGACAAGGCUUACGAGGGCGGAAAUGACUGGGAGAUCUACAGCGAUGAGCGGACUAUCGGACAUAAGGUCAAGAACCCAGACGACACCUAUGCGCAGCUUCAGGAGCUGUUGAAGAGCUUCUAUAAUUUGUUGACAACGAACCAGGAAGAAUUGUUCCAAGGACAUUGGCCAGACCGCUUGUCGAAACCUUAA